GGUUCACUGCGAUUCAAACCUCCCGUUCCUCUCACGGAAUCCACUCAUAGAGUGUCAGCCAAUCGGUGGCCAAACCCUUGUCUCCAGAAAGACAACCACUUAGUGCUAAACAACUAUAACUUCAGCGAAGACUGUCUUUACCUCAACAUUUGGAGUGCCGGCGCUCUGCCCCUGAAGGGCAGCCCUAAGCCAGUGGUAGUGCACAUACAUACCGGUGCUCUCGUGUUCGGGUCGGCCUCUGAGACCACGUAUAACGGCGUCGUAUUGUCUGCGAUGGGAGACCUCAUUGUCGUCGCCUUCAACUAUAGACUCAAUUUGUAUGGAUUCCUAUACACCGGCGCUCAUAGUAUUGCCCCAAACGCCGGAAUGUAUGACCAAAUGCUGGCCCUUCAGUGGAUCCGUCAACACAUCCACCACUUCGGCGGCGAUCCCUCGAGAGUCACACUAAUAGGACAGUCGACUGGCGCCCAAUCCGUGGGUUUCCACAUAUUGUCGCCAAUCAGUAGUCAACUCUUCAAUAACGCGGUUCUGAUCAGCGGUUCCCCUCUCGAGCGCCGGUGGCUCUCAGCGCCAGAUAAUGCCAAACAGUUUUGGAUGACUUAUGCCAAAGAUGUCGAGUGUUUGGGAACCGAAGUCUCUAUUAAUGCAAAAGUUGUGAACUGUUUGUUAAAACUCAAUAGAAAUCAAUUGCUGUCUAUGACUGACAUCAAGCGCUAUACUGUCGACCCUUUCGUAGUGUCAGCGCCGGUAGUGUUUGACCAGCAGUUCAAUAGCGAUCUGUCACUACAGGUGCCCACUAAUGGCAAUAUAUCGUUGCUGUUUGGAUAUACGGAUGACGAGGGAUCGUGGGCCGAAAAGAUCGCGAAUUACUAUAUGAACGCAAUUCCUGUGGACAGAAGGGGUGACCACAACCUCCUGAGUCGUACGAUAGGCACAGCUUUAGGCGAUUACUACAUCUCGUGUCCGUCCCAUCACUUCGCGGACUAUGUGUUGAGAAAUAGCCAUAACUGCAGAGUAUAUCAGUAUUACUGGACAUAUAAGGGCGACCCGAAGUCCAGUGCCUUUUGGCGCACCUUCGAGGAGGUCUGGUGUGGGAAAUGGAUGGGAAGCUGUCAUUCAUUUGAAUUGUACGCCAUUUUCGGCAUACCUUUCCUUCAGUCGAUUGCGUUCAACGAAAUGGACAGAAGAAUGUCUUCAAAGAUCAUUACAAUUGUCUCACAGUUUGCGUACAAU